AUGGAUGAUUCGGUAUUCAGGGAUAUUGAUGACAGCUGCUUCGAAGAGGAUACGGCGUUUAGUGAUCCACUGAGCGAUUACACGGGUGAUUUCGAUAUUGUGCGAUUUUUGGACGAGAACAGCACCCCGAUUGAUAGUCCUGUAGCAGAUACUACUCGGUUCAUCUCGCAACACGUACAAGGUCAUCAUCAUCAUCAUCAUCAUCAUCAACAUCAACAACAACAACAAUCGCAGCAACAUCAUUAUCAGCAACAACAACAGCAGCAUCACCCGCCACUGCCGCAAUCGCACCAAAACAUCACAACUGUUGCAAUUUCCGAAGCGGCCAACAAAAUGAUGUAUCAGAAUCCAGCCAGGUUACCUGAUAGUCCACCAAUCACGGAUAUCUCAGGCGCUGGCUCAUCGGGCUCACCGAGCUCCACUUCAGAUUCACCUUAUUCACCGGAUAAUUACCAGAAUUAUCAACUUAUCCAUGGUACUCAACAGAACGGCAGUGGCCUGAUCCUUGGUGUACGGCCUGAUCUAGCAACACAUAUGUUAGUACCGCAGGAACUUUUGCAACAGAAUCAUCUUGGUAAUCGUAUAUUGCAGCAUGUUUUACCAUCACCACAAUCCGACUUCAUCGGUAAUAGUGGUGCAUAUCCGCCGCAGUCAACACCUUCUGCAUUACCUCAGGUUUCACCUCCAGCUGUCAACAUGAGACCAGUUAAUAGUGGUUAUUUGAUCCAGAAUAAUGAUUAUCAGAUGGAUCCCUAUAGUAAUGUAAUCAGUUCCGCAGCUAGUGAUGGAGAUGGUUCGAGCUCUCAGAGCGAUGGCCAAGUAAGUCGUAAACGUAUGCGAUCAGAGCAGCAACAACCACCACCAUCACAACAGCAACAACAACCACAUAAUCCGGUAUCAGCUAAUGUGAAAAGUGAACCACAGAAGGUAUUCUCGUUACCCAGUCAACUUACAGUCAUAUCAUCGCCGGUAACUACAGUAGAAGAUUUUGAUGAUAGUUUCCACCAGCAAGCGAUCAAAUUCACUGCAUUCAAUGAAGAACACUGGGCUACUUUGUAUGAUAUCAAUCAAAGACCGUUACAUCAACUGGAAAUGCAUGUUGUAGCGGAUAAAGGAUUCAAUUACAGUACUAUGGAUAAUUGCUUUGUGAAUCAGAAGAAAAAUCACUUUCAGAUUUCUGUACACAUCGAAGCAAUUGAUAAUCAUCCGCCAAAUUUCGUCAAAAUAGGUAACGAAUUGAAAAUGGUAAAAGAAUUUAAGUUAGCAUUUUGUGGUGUAAAAAGUGAAAUGCCAACGUCAGAGAUACAAAUCAAGCAAUCAACAACGGAUAGAAGGCCAGUACCUCAUGAUCCUGUGUCACUUGAAAUUCAUGAACGACGUAUGACAAAAGUGACUGUACCAAGGCUGCAUUUCUCAGAAACAACGAUGAAUAAUCAGCGAAAAAACGGUCGUCCAAAUCCUGAUCAGAAAUACUUUCUACUUGUUGUACGUUUGAUUGCGUGUACUGCCGAUGGACAUGAUGCAAUUGUUCAAGCCUAUCAAUCCGAGAAAGUAAUUGUUCGAGCUUCAAAUCCAGGUCAGUUUGAGCCACCGGAUUCAGAUGCUACUUGGCAGAAGAAUGGUUCCACUCUAUAUUAUAAUAGUGGUUCGGUGGCAAUUGGUACGGAUCGAGCUGUUGCACCGUUGACUGUUGGUGGUGACAUCUAUUGCUCUGGAGUUGUGCAUCGCCCAUCCGAUCGUCGAAUGAAAGAACAAAUCCAUGAGGUGGAUACCAAAAUCGCUUUAUCUCAUCUUGCCCAAAUUCGUGUUGUUGGCUAUUCCUACAAACCAGAAAUAGCGCUAAAAUGGGGUUUGUCGGAGGAAAAUCGUCACAGGGUCGGCGUUAUUGCUCAAGAGUUAGCCGAGAUUUUACCAGAUGCCGUGACCGAUAAUGGAGAUUACUUACAGGUUGAUGACUCGCGGAUAUUCUAUGAAACAGUUGCAGCAGCAACUGAACUUUGCCGCCUUACAGGGAAUUUGGAGCACAAAAUUGAAGCUGUUGAAAAGUUAUCUCACAAAUUAGCCAGAUUACAUCGGCGGAAAAAUAAGGAUGUCGGCAGCUUAGCAAGCGGCCUUAGUGACCUUGGAUUUUCUGAUAAAGCAAGCUUUAUGUCAUCGCAUACAUCACUUGCUUCAAUUACUCCAUCCUGUGUUUCACGGGACAAAUGUCAUCGUAGGAGUAAUAAAGAACGGGGCAGAAAUCGUGAAAAACACUGGCAUUGCAGAAAUCCAUCUUGUCAUCGUGUGGAACCUCCAUUGUGUAGUUCGAAAGUAACGCAGGGAACAAUUGUCGUUCUUGUUGGAAUAAUGGCUAUUUGCUUAAUAGCAAUGUCAACAUUAUAUGUGCUAGACUGGCAUAAUCGAACAUUUGGAUAUCAGAAACGGCCGUAUAUUUUUGAAAGUAGUAGCACUAAUGGACCAGUAGUGUUGGAACAGGGUGGUAAAAUUGGUCAAAUUGUUCAAGUCAAAGAUAAUAUUUGGAAGCCACCAAUUCAACCACAUGCGCCACCUUUAAGCGUUUCAUGCGAUCAUAUGUAUUGUCAUAUGUUUUGUUGCAUGGAACGUGAUGAAUAUAACGUACCAAAUGAUAUUUCUAUUGAUAAGAAUCAGCAAACAGUUUUGACUCUAUCGCAGCAACAACAAUCAUUCUUAAAAGUCAGAAAUGGUUCGGAAAAUCGACCAUUGUCUCUCGAUAGACGAGCCGUUUUUUCAUCAUUAGCAUCAGAUAUUAUCAUUGAAAUAUUGGAUUUUAAUGUAACGAUCGAUGGUCGAUAUUGUAUAAACGAUAGUUGUGAACCACGUCGUGGUCUCUACACCCUUUACAUACCCAUUUCACCGACUAUGCCAACAGUUCCGUUGGAAAUUAAAUUUGAUGUUGGAGAUAGUGGUACUUAUAUUGAUAAUUGUGGUAGUUUGCGAGAUUUUGAUCAAAAACCGUGUAAUGAUGAACAUGCUAUAAGGACAGAUCGUGGAAAACAACCAGUAGUUCAAAAGAUAGUAGAAGGAAUCUAUGAGUUACCAGUUGGCAAUUAUGUGCAUAGUGCAUAUCGAUUUCGCAUUGGCUAUAGUACCGAAUCAUGCAAUAUGAAUGAAUCUCAACGUGGACGUAGCUUUGAUGAGUAUAAUUUAAUUUUCUAUCGUCGCUGUCAAACUGCAAUGAACUUUUAA